AUGUUGCAGCCAACCAAUGGGUGUUUGCAACACAAUGGAUCGGUGGAUCAGCCAUCGUCCAGUUCGACCGUUAAUGGUUCGGCCACUGGCAACGGCGAUGGUCAGGAACAAAGUAAUGGCUGUAACAUCAAGGGCAGGUCAAGCCAAGAGAUCGUUCGGCUCAUAGGUCAACAUUUAAAGCUUAUCGGGCUUAAUCAAACUGCAGAAGUGUUAAUGCAAGAAUCUGGGUGUCGUUUAGAACAUCCUGCUGCCACUCAAUUUCGCCAUCAUGUAAUGGACGGUGAAUGGCACAAGGUUAGUGCAGAUUUGAACGAACUUCAAGCUUUAGUAGGGAAUUCAUGCCAAUAUUUUUCAGACAUGAAAUUUUUGAUAUGUGAACAAAAGUACUUGGAAUAUUUAGAAGAUGGUAAAGUUUUGGAUGCAUUGCAUGUGUUGCGUAAUGAGUUGACACCUUUGCAACACAAUAUUGACAAAGUUCAUAUUCUUAGCAGCUAUAUGAUGUGUAGUGGACGAGAUGAAUUAAUGAAACGAGCAAAUUGGGAGGGAAAAGGACAUAAAUCUAGAACUUUACUCAUGGAUAUGAUUCAACAAUUUUUGCCCCCACAUAUUAUGCUACCACCCAAAAGGUUACAUAUGUUAUUGACUCAAGCAGUAGAACUGCAAAGAAAUCAAUGUUUAUUCCAUAAUACAACAUUUGAUGAUUCCAUUGAAACUGUUUCCUUACUUACUGACCAUAAGUGUUCAUUAGAACAAAUUCCAUGUGAAACCGUCCAAAUACUGACUGAACAUUGUGAUGAAGUAUGGUUCUGUCGGUUCUCGCCUAAUGGAAAAAAAUUAGCAACUGGCUCAAAAGAUGCAUCCAUUAUAAUAUAUGACGUUGAUCCAGAAACAUUAACUGUAGAACAAUCGAUCACUUUAGAUGGCCACUCAUAUGGUGUUAGUUACCUUUCAUGGUCUCCAGAUGGCGAACUCCUCAUGGCUUGUGGGCCAGAAGACUGUCCCGACUUAUGGGUGUGGAAUGUUAGCACUGGUGUUUUGAGGUUAAAACUCUCACAUUCAUCAGACGACUCAUUAACUGCCUGUUCUUGGCAUAAAGAUGGCCAAAAAUUUGUCUGUGGGGGAAUCCGAGGACAAUUUUAUCAAUGUGAUUUAGAUGGGUCUGUAUUAGAUUCAUGGGAAGGUGUUCGUGUAAAUUGUCUUUGGUGUCGAUCGGAUGGAAAAACAGUGUUGGCAGCAGACACACGUCAACGAAUUCGUUCAUACAAUUUUGAUGAGCUCAGUGAUCAAAAUUUAAUACAAGAAGAUCAUCCUAUAAUGUCAUUCACAGUUAAUAAAACUGAUCGUCUUGCACUCCUAAAUGUUGUAUCACAAGGUGUUCAUUUAUGGGAUCUCCAAGAUAAGUGUUUAGUAAGAAAAUUUCAAGGAGUUACACAGGGCCAUUUUUCAAUACAUAGUUGUUUUGGCGGUGUCAAUCAUGAUUUUAUUGCUAGUGGAAGUGAAGAUAAUAAAGUAUAUUUGUGGCAUAUUAAGCAUGAACUACCAAUAGCAACAUUAAGUGGUCAUACAAGAGCAGUUACAUGUGUUAGUUGGAACCCUGUUUAUCAUCAAAUGCUUGCAUCGGUUUCUGAUGAUUGUACUGUUCGUAUUUGGGGUCCUGCUGCUAAAUACCGUAAACAAAAAUCUAAUAAAAGUGAUAUAAACAACGAUUCUGGGUCACCUUCCAAACAUAUGUAA